AUGGCGAGUGUGAAACGUCGUGCAGGUCAUUUGGGCGAAGAGGAUGGUCGGCCUGAGAAGGAGAAAAUUUCAAGGAACACAUUGGAAAGUGACGAAGAAAUCAGUGAGGACGAGGAGGGUGGGCGAAUGGACGAGGCAGAGCUACAAGUUGGUCAAGAGCCUGGAACAAUUGGCUUCGAUAGCGAUAUUGUUAUAACCCCUUUCAAUAUGCGUGAAGAGUUGGAGGAGGAGGGUCAUUUCGAUGCGAAUGGAACAUUUAUUUUUAAACGAGUCGCCCACUUUCAUUUCCAGACCAAUGAUGUAGGUGACAAUUGGCUGGAAGACGUCGAUUGGAACGAGGUACGCCGAAACGAGCAAGCGGGUGUCGGUGACGGUGGCGUACCAAAGACAACAACAAUGGUCGAGGAGGAAGCGUUACCAGAAGUAACUGUGGACCAGCAGACUGAGCUUUAUCGCCGCGCUGCCUGCCUUCUUCGGUCUGGGGAAACGGUGCUGCGCGCCCUUCGCCGCCUCGGUCCGAAGCGUCCCGCCGCCUCCUCCAAUGCUCAGAGACGGAACUGGGUGCGCCGAAAGGACGGUAGCACCGGUACUUCCAUAAAGCCUCUUUCGCCGACUGAUGCUGCAAACGCUGAGGCCUUCGCGAAUCUUACCGAAUUGGCCAAUGAUCUGCUGGGAAGUGGUGAUUUCGACAUCUACCAAAAAACCAAAGAAGUGAUUGAGGAUCUGGUCGCUUCCCGGACUCAGAGGAACGAGGAUAACGAACUGAACGCUCUUGGCGCGGAAAUUGAUAGUGAGGCGGGUAUAGAGCCACUAGAUGGUGAGACAGCGGAAAAGCAGGGAAGCGUAAUUCCAACGACAAAGUGGUUGGUAAAGCGGGCCAAGACGGUGGAGGCAGAUGUGCAAAUCGAGGGUCCAUUCGAGGAAGCUGUGCUGCGACAGUGGCUUGAGUCGGCGCCAUCAGUGAACAUCUUUGUCAAGCGUCAAGACGUGAACGAAGAUUUUCGUCCACUCUCCUCCGUCGACUUUGACAAACUAGAGGCCCUGCCCACUUGA